UUUAUUGGUCUCUAAGUUCCAUACAAAAUUUUCCACUUGAACUCCUUUGCCCCUGUUCCCUCAGUAACACAAUCUUCUCGGUUAUCAUUCUUUCACCAGCAAUGUCCUUGUUACAUUCUUUUGCCAGAGCAGUCAGAGUGACCAGGCAGGAUAUCUUAACUUUUGUCCUUGCCUUGAGUUUAUCUCUCUCAGGGCCAAGAGGAUGGUGGCACUACCCAGUUUACCUUCUGCAGCUGUCUGAUUUUACACAUUUUCCCCUUUUUUGUUUUUAAUGUAAAGGGUUUGUGUACCCUGAUGUUAAAACAGUUUGCACCUGUAAGGCCAUUAUCUUAUUAAGACUAUUACUGCUUAUCUGCUGGAUACAGGAUAAGAUAUGUGCAAUACAGAUCACAAUCAAUGAAAACUUAUCAAAUACAAUCAUGUCACUGACAAAGAGACUUGUAUAGGAGAACAAAAGGAUAAUGUCUAAUUGGGGAGUGGAACUAAAUGGCUACUGUUCCGAAGUUCAGGGGUUCAGGGGCUGUGCUAUUUAGGCAGAAGGAAGUUAACAUUACUGAAACUGAAUUGAUUUUAAUAGCACUUAACAGAACUUAAAAGAACAGACCUUAAAUUGCAUAACACUUAAAUUUAACUUUGUUUAAGCUUAGCAACACAUAAACUUGACAGAAAUGAUUUUGAACAAAAAUUAAUCUUAACAGAAAUUAACUUAUGAGUACUUAACAAAAUCUUAAUUUGGCAGAAGUGCAACAGAACUUCAAAUUAACAGAAGGUAAACUUAAAAUCACUUAAAUUCAACAGAACUGAAUUUUACCAUUACUUAAACUGUACUAAAUUGAAACAAAACAGAAUUGAAAAUUAAUAUCACUUAAAUUUAACAAAAGUCAUUUUGCCUCUAUCAUUACAAAGAAGUUACUGGAAAUCUGUCAUACAACAGUUAAACAUCAAGGAACAACACGUAGGUAAACAACUAUUCCGUGACCAAAACAGCAGCAGCAUGCAUUUACUGGAGGGAUUAAACUGCUGCAGGUAAAAUUCAAGGUUAUAGGACUUAGUUCUAACGGCUCUCAGUGAAUCAUCUUUCCAGUAAACAAUCCUGUUAAAAAUCACAGCUCUCUGAAAAGACAAGGUUAAUUUUAACAAAUGUAUUUCAAUACAUGCUGCAGGCACUGUAGCAGCAGUGUGCCACAGCUUCAGCACUUCGUGCAGGGCACGAUCCUGCCGUGCACCGCAGCUGAUGGGCGGCUCUCGGCAGGCACCAACCGGGGGCCCGCAGGUCGGCGCUGCUGCCCGGGCGUGGGAGGAGGCGGGAGAGCUCUGACAAGCCGGGGGGUUUCGAGCCCAGGGGGCUAAUACCAGCCAUGGGGCCAGCUGUGGGCAGGGGGAGCUCCGAGGGGCUUCCACCACUGCCAGCAAUGCCGCGCACCAAACUGAGGCUCGAUCCGUUCUGUGGGUUUGUUCUCCGUGUCUUGGAUCCAUGCUCAGGUUCAUUAUCAGUCUCUUUCUUAGUACUCCUGUUGCAACUGCCUACAGGUGUUUUUUAAUCUCAAGGUCUCUUUCAUUUAGGAAGGAGGUACAGGGUGUUUAACCCAUAAUGACAGUGGCUCCAAUAUGGAGAAAUGACUGUAAUAUUUGUAAAUUGCACUGACACUACUGGAACACCUCCCAGUACUCACAAUUCCAUGGUUUUUCAUCCAUCAAACACCACUGAUCUAACUUAAUCAGCUGUGCCAGCAUCUUGCUUUCCAUUGGAUUGUGACUUGCAAAGAAAGACCCAUUUCUCAUUGUUCGUAGGCAAAGGGGGAUGUUAAAAGCUCCUCUGCAGAGUCCUUGCCUGUUGAGAGGGGGCAACUGAUUUUCUGUCUUUCUUUAAAAGUUCAGACAUAAGUUCAAAGACAUGUUUUUCUUCUGAAGACAUAUUAGUGUCCAUGUCCCCCACAGGUCCCCAUCAAAACCUGAAGGGAUGGAUGCCAGCUGGCUCCUGCUUCCUUUCAGCAGCACUUCAGUUCUGUGGGGCAUCCCCGCUGGACGGCCAGAGAGGUGAAAUCUCGUUCCUCACACGGGACACCAUUCGCAGGGGUUGAGAGCCACGGACCAUGCUAUGCAAGCAAAGCUGUUUGUUGCAUCAGUUUACCAGUACUCAUAGGUCUCCAAAUUCUGUACUUGAACUCCUUUGUCCCUGUUCCCUCAGUAACACAACCUUCUCGGUUAUCAUUCUUUCGCCAGCAAUGUCCUUGUUACAUUAUUUUUUCAGAGUGGUCAGAGUGACCAGGCAGGAUGUCUUUUGUCCUUGCCUUGAGUUUAUCUCUCCCAGGGCCAAGAGGAUGGUGGCACUACCCUGUUCAGCCUCUGCACCUGUCUGAUUUUCCACAUUUUGGAAUACUUCUGAUAAAGUAUCUUUGUUCAUGCGAUUUGGAAAGAGUGCAAUUCUGGAUUUGGGUGCACUGCUCCUGGACCACUUGGUUGAUGAUGGUGUGUAAUCAUUGUGAAAAUGUAUUUUAUCUUCACCUGUUGGGUUAUUCAGGAGAAAAAACAAACCAAAGGAAUGGUAUUGAGCUAGCUAUCUAAAUAAUAACUGAUAGCAUUGAUCCAUGAGAAUUUUGACACCUGCUACAGGAACAUUGUCAUCUUGCAGGCACAUAAGUAGCCAGUGAAGAGACCACAGCCUUACACUGAAGGCACCAUGCAAGUCCUUCUCCUCCUCCUCGCAGCUGCAGGGCUUUGUUGGGGGCAGUACAACCCCAACACUUUCCCUAAGAGAACCUCUAUUGUGCAUCUCUUUGAAUGGCGCUGGCAGGAUAUUGCUCAGGAGUGUGAACGCUACUUAGCUCCUAAUGGAUUUGGAGGAGUUCAGGUUUCACCUCCAAAUGAAAAUAUUGUCAUUACUAGCCCAAACAGACCCUGGUGGGAAAGAUACCAGCCCAUCAGCUACAAGAUCUGCUCUCGAUCAGGAAAUGAACAGGAAUUCAGAGACAUGGUGACCAGAUGCAACAAUGUUGGAGUCCGUAUCUAUGUGGAUGCUGUUGUCAACCAUAUGUGUGGGGCUGCAGGUGGCUCAGGCACACAUUCUACCUGUGGAAGCUAUUUUAAUACUGGAAAGGAAGAUUUUCCAGCUGUGCCAUACUCUGGCUGGGAUUUCAAUGAUGGCAAAUGUCACACUGGAAGUGGAAAUGUUGAAAAUUAUGGUGAUGCCAAUCAGGUCCGGAACUGCCGCGUGACCGGCCUUCUGGAUCUGGCCCUGGAUAAGGACUACGUGCGCUCAAAGAUUGCGGAGUACAUGAACAAUCUCAUUGACAUGGGUGUAGCAGGAUUCCGACUUGAUGCUGCCAAGCACAUGUGGCCUGGGGACAUAAAAGCAUUUCUGGACAAACUACAUAAUCUAAACACUCAAUGGUUUUCUGCAGGAACUAGACCUUUCAUUUAUCAGGAGGUAAUUGACUUGGGUACAGAGCCCAUCACAGGCAGCCAGUACUUUGGAAAUGGCCGAGUGACAGAAUUCAAGUACGGUGCCAAACUGGGGACAGUGCUCCGCAAGUGGAAUGGAGAAAAGAUGGCCUACUUAAAGAACUGGGGAGAAGGCUGGGGAUUUAUGCCUUCCGACAGAGCCCUGGUCUUUGUGGAUAAUCACGACAACCAGAGAGGACACGGGGCUGGUGGAGCUUCUAUUCUAACCUUCUGGGAUGCCAGGCUCUAUAAAAUGGCGGUCGGUUUCAUGCUUGCCCAUCCAUAUGGGUUCACACGUGUGAUGUCAAGUUUUCGCUGGCCAAGGCGUUUUGAAAAUGGGAAGGACGUCAAUGACUGGUAUGGACCCCCAAGUAACGCAGAUGGCUCCACAAAGGCCGUCACAAUCAACGCAGACACGACCUGUGGCAACGACUGGGUUUGUGAACAUCGCUGGCGUCAAAUCAGGAACAUGGUUAUCUUCCGUAACGUGGUGGAUGGUGAGCCUUUCUCCAACUGGUGGGACAAUGGCAGCAAUCAAGUGGCUUUUGGCCGUGGCAAUAAAGGUUUCAUCAUCUUCAAUAAUGACAACUGGAAUAUGAAUGUCAAUGUGCAAACUGGACUGCCUUCUGGUACCUACUGCGAUGUUAUUUCUGGACAAAAGGAGAACAACAAAUGUACUGGAAAGCAGGUGUUUGUUUCUGGUGAUGGAAAAGCUAAUUUCCAGAUUAAUACUGAUGCUGAAGAUCCAUUUAUUGCAAUUCACGUUGAUGCCAAGUUGUAAUGGGGGAGAAAUCUUCUCCUCUGGUCUGUGUAUUACUGUUUCCCCCAUAUGUUAUUCCCUGCUUUUUGAGCAUGAGUGACUCUCUAUCGAAUAAUAAAUGGCAUUCCA